AAUGGGCGUUGCUUGUUCAGGUAGUAAGAGAAAUGAACAAUUACUGUAAGUAUUAUUGAAGAGAUUAGAUUGCAUGUUGAUGUGUACAUAUGGAAGGAGAAGGAAAAGAAAUAUCAUCUCUAUGACUACUCCAGUCAUGAAUCUCAUUAUUAGCAAUUGUAGUUGAUUUAAGACACAAAACUGUGCAAAUAUGGAGAAAACAUUUUAGCUGUUCAACCAAAUGUUACAUAACAUAAAUUUAAUGAUAGCAAACAAUAGAAGGAGCACAAGAGUUGUUUGUAAUCAAGGAGAGAGUCUUGAGACCCAUCACUGAUAUAUGGUCCAUAGUUAGGAAUGACUAAGUAAAUGGAGUUCCAGUAACGAAUGUAUAUGUAAUUUUGUAUGGAAGAGAGUUCAACUAUUUCCUGGAUAAACCAUAAGACUAGGAAGAGUAAAAAUCAUAUUGUGGGAAGCUUGUUUUAAUCAGGCUAUGGCCACAGAGGAAAGCGAAAAAGAGAAGGAUGAAGAUCCCAAUGGAUUGGAUGACAGUGAAAACAGCAAUGCCGAAAACUCAUGUCGAAUCUGUAUGAGCAAAGUAGGAACUAUCUCAAAUCCAUUAAUUAAUCCCUGCCAAUGUAACUAGUAUUACCUAAACAUAUUGCAGGUUCUGGAUCUGUCAAAUACAUACACAUCAAAUGUCUUUAAUAAUGGAUACACAAUAAAUUCAAGAUUAGAGAACUCAACAACAUCGUCCUUUAUUUUUGGUCCAAUCUCAUUUGCGAGAUCUGCAAAGAAUAAUAUAAAUGUAAGUCAUUACAUUCAUACAUAAAUAGUGGAAUACAAGUUUAAGAAUAGAAAAUAUCAUCUAAUUGACAUUCCCAGACCAAAAGAAGCUUAUUUUAUAUUUUGGAUCAGCCACAUUGACAAAAACAAAGAGAAAGGAUUGUAUGUGAUAAACUUGAAUGGAAGAACCAAUAUUAAGAUAGGAAGAGUAUAGGAGAAUGAUAUUAAAUUGCAAGAUAUCAGUGUCUCUCGAAACCAUGCACUCAUUACAUUUAAUAGAGAGGAUGAAUCAAUUUAUUUAGAGGAUUUAGGUAGCAAAUUCGGAACUCUUUUAUAAAUUGAUCAAUUGAAAUUAGAUUGCAAAUCAAUCAUCUAAGUUGCAAAUUCGGUGUUUAUUUUUGAUUAUUUAAAAAAAAAUCAAAAGCAUUAUGAAUUGCCGAGUUUCUACAAAGUAGUCGAAAAGGAAACACAAUAGCAGCCUUAAGUAAGGAUAUGCAAAGUUAAUAAAUUUAGGAUUUUGUUGAGGAUGACGUAUUGGUCAAUGUGGAUAAUAAUAAGUAUUUGAGUGGAGAUAAUGAAGCCUCUUGAUUUUACUGAACCAAAG